AUGAAGCUCACUCUUCUAGCCACCGCAGCGAUCGCACCCUUGGUCUCGGCGCAUUACUUCUUUGACACCCUCGUCAUUGACGGUCAGGAAACCACUCCUAACCAAUAUGUUCGCUCCAACACUCGUCCCGAAAAAUACAACCCAACCAAGUGGAAGAACACCCGCGACGACAUGACUCCUGAUAUGCCGGACUUCCGCUGCAACAAGGGCGCCUUCACCUUCGCUGGCCAGACCGAGACGGCGGAAGUCAAGGCCGGGUCGAAGCUUGCAAUGAAGCUCGGCGUGGGAGCUACAAUGAAGCACCCUGGCCCUGGUCUUGUAUAUAUGUCUAAAGCGCCCGGCGCGGCCAACCAGUACGAAGGUGACGGCGACUGGUUCAAGAUUCAUGAGGAGGCCAUUUGCGACCAGGGCAAGGACAUCCAAACCGAUGCCUGGUGUACUUGGGAUAAGGACCGGAUCGAGUUUACAAUUCCCGCAGAGUUGCCAGACGGGGAGUAUCUUAUUCGGUCGGAGCAUAUUGGCGUACAUGGAGCGCAUGAUGGACAGGCUGAAUUCUACUACGAAUGCGCUCAAGUCAAGGUCACCGGCGGUGGUAAUGGAAAUCCGGGACCCACAAUCAAGUUUCCGGGUGGCUACAAGAAGGAUGAUCCCUCAUUCAAUUUCAGCAUCUGGGGAGGCAUGAAGGAUUAUCCCAUGCCUGGUCCUGCUGUCUGGACUGGUGGUUCAGGUUCAGCCUCUAACGGGAGCAGCCACUUCCGCCGUGGACACAAGGCUCACCUUCGCCAUUGA